GCAGUUUGCAUCUCCGACCAACCCGAGGUGUCCUUGCUGUGGUGCGUGACCGGAGGAGGCGGGAGCUCGAGACCGGCGCGUUCUCCUUGCAUCUGGGGUCGUGGCCUUGCCCCUGCUGUGCAGGGAGAUAAUCCCGGCGCCUGCACGCGCGUGUUCGCGCGGGGGCUCUGAGGCGCUCGUAGGUCCGCACUAGGUGUCUGCGGGGGCAGGAGCGGGAGCCAUGGGCGGGACCGCGAGCACCCGUCGGGUCACCUUUGAGGCGGACGAGAAUGAGAACAUCACCGUGGUGAAGGGCAUCCGGCUUUCGGAAAAUGUGAUUGAUCGAAUGAAGGAAUCCUCUCCAUCUGGUUCGAAGUCUCCGCGGUAUGGUGCCUCAGUUUCUGAUGAAGAAUUGAAAAGAAGAGUAGCUGAGGAGCUGGCUUUGGAGCAAGCCAAGAAAGAAGCUGACAGUCAGAAGCGACUAAAGCAAGGCAAAGAGCUGGACCGGGAGAGGGCAGCUGCCAAUGAGCAGUUAACCAGGGCUAUCCUUCGAGAGAGGAUAUCAAGUGAGGAAGAACGCGCUAAGGCAAAGCACCUGGAUAUGGAAGACAAAGCUAAGCAGCUGGAAGAAAAAGACCGAGUGCUAAAGAAGCAGGAUGCAUUCUACAAAGAGCAGCUGGCUAGACUGGAGGAGAGGGCCAGCCCGGGGUCACCGAUGUGGCAUCUGGGCAGGGUUCCAAGGAAGAGGCCUAGGUUUGGAACUGGUACAUCAUUACUGCUGUCACUUUCUAUGGCCAGAACAAGUCACAAACACAGCCCAGAUUGAAGAGGUAGGGGAGUAAGCAAAGUAGCAGCAUGUAUAACCUAUUACCAUCUCAAGACAACACAAAUAACAAAAACAACCUGUCUGAAAAUUACUGUACUUCUACCUGUCAGUGCUCAAGGAGAGUAGGAACAUUGUACUAUUGCUAGGCAAUGGGUAAAGACAGAGUUCUUCAGGAAGUUUCAGUCCACUAGUGAUUUGCCAACAAUAUGGGAUGGAUCACCUUUUUGGAGCACCUUUGAAAGAUGAUGGCUAUAUUUAAUUAUGGAAAGUGGUUAUUUGUCAUCAUUCUUAAAAAACACUAAUUAUUUUUCAUUUUGAAUGGCAAGCUAAAUAAUAUAUUAUUCUUUUAUUGUCUAGAAACCCAGUAGUUUGCAAACUUAGUGUAUAUUCAGAAUCACCCAAGACGUUUGUUACAAAUGAAACUUCCUAGCUCCAUCCCUGGAGAUUUUAUGUUGUGGACCAGGACUCUACAGUCUAAUAUGCUCUGUAAGAGACUCUGAAGCAAGUAAUCCACAGGCCAUUAAACCCAUGGGCUCACAAAACUAUAGGGCAAGAAUUGGGGCCACUUCCUAUAAACCUGGAUCUGGUCAGGCAGUCCCCAAGGGAACUUCUGAAACCAUUCAUCCCCUUCUCCUUUUCCCCCCACUCUUUACAAUAGUCAGUCUGCCUUAUCCUCACAACAUGGACAGUUAACUUCAUAGUGCUAAAUAUUGGCAUUCUGGCAGCAGGAGGGAGGAUCCCACAAUGCAACAGUAUGGGCAAUCCAGUUACUGAGGGCCAGUGGGGAAGGAGGGCUUGAUUUAGGUCCAUCUCUCUGUAACUCUUUAAUUUCCUCUCUUUUGCUCCCUCUUUUGUUUACUUCCUGUUCUGCAGUUCAUAAUCAGAUUGUUUAUACUUUCCUAAGAAUACCUACUCAAUCAUUGGAGAUUUUUUUUAAGGCUUUUCCUGUGCGGCUACAUGGUUUUCACUAUUCAGUAAAAAACUAUGUGAAAGUCAUUGUAUCAGUAACAUCUAAGUCUGCAAUAAUGUCAUUUAAAAAUUAGUGCACCAUUAGAACACCACAAUACUCGUUACUGCACUCAGAACAGGAUAUUUGCAUAGUCUCAAAGGCUCUCCCACAAGAUAUCAAUUACAAAAGGGAAAAAUAGUGGCUUUGUUGUGGAGCAACCCCACAGACACCACCUUGGUCAAGUGAUCAAAGUCUACAUCAGUAGAAAGAUCUACACCAGGUUGUAGUCCUUGAAAUCACGCAUGGAGAAGGGCAUAUUGCUUCUGUGGUAUUCUUCUCAGUAAUGUGUGAACUCACUCUAACCACACGAA